AUGACAGCCUUCGUCCGCGUCUGCGGUCCUCCCAACAGUAAUUAUUUGGUUGGCUACCCAGGCAUAUCCGCAACGCUGCCACGUAUAGAAGGCAAGGUAGAGAUACGUCCACUACAGGGAGUCGAUGCUCCUGUCGCCAUAUCACUCGUCACAAUAUGUCUCCAGCGACGCGAAACCAUCCAUCCUUCUGCAGAUUCAGUCACCAAAAAGCAUUUGGCUGCACCACGAAAAGAUAUUGUGGAUAUAGUAGGCAAGGAAAUGCUCCUGUUCCGGUGUCCUGCCGGCAAAGAAUACGAGAAAGUCUAUUCUAUGGACCUACCAUUUGUCAUAUUCAUCCCCUAUGGAAGAGGCGGCGAAGAGCAAUCACGGCGCAUUCCUCCGGCGAGUCUCCAAUUGACGAGUCGAACUGCAGAAACAUACUAUGAAAUGGUGGUCUUGGUUCAGCAAGGGCAUUCGGAGCAGAAGAAGUAUGCACAACCCGUACCCCUCCAAAGAUACGACAAUUUGUCCACCUUCGGCAUGUUCAAUCGCCCUGAAUCGGCAGAAACGGUCACGGAUCACCUGGUCACACUUGGCAUAUCCCUUCCUCGGUGGUCGUACGGACCUUCGGACCCAGUAAGCGUAUACCUCAAACUGUCGCCCAACCCUGACUGGCUCAACAAAGCCAAGAAAGUCACCAUUCAAAAAAUUACGAUCGGAAUAGAGGAAGAAAUCACAUACAAUCAUGAAGGAGAUGUGCCGCAAACAAAAGUCAGGCAAUUGGCAAAGCAGACGCAGACAGUAGGUGUCAAGAUGCCAGAAUCGGGCUACUUCACGAACCUAGGGUUGGUAUUUCCGGCGAAAGACGUCAGGGAUAGCGACGGGAUUAUACCACGGGGAAAGCAGGCUUUUCCCAUGUACAGCGUUAGUGGGUUUACAACUGCAGCAAGUCUGUACAAGAUUGAGUACUUUUUGACAGUCAAGGCGCACAUGACUUCAGCCAAAGACAUCACACUCCGUCAACGCAUCGUUGUUUGCCCCCAUGACCACACAGAUUGCAAGGCCGAGAUGGAGACAAUCGAGCUUUCGGCGCGAGAUGCUGCGAAAUUGAGACCCGACAACCCAAUGCUACCGGCUCCGACAAUCGUGAGACCCGCGGAUUACAAUUCGCUGCACUGCUUAGGACUGACCAUGGUCGGACAUGCGAGAAAACCAUUGAUCGAGUGA